AUGGCAUCGCAUCAUGCGAAGAACAGUCUUGACCCCACUUCGAAAGGUACCCGUGAUAUCAGUGAACUGAAGAAGUUGCCGUGGUAUACGCCGGAAAUAGGCAACAAGCUCAACGAACCGAUGCAAACGUUGUUGGAAGAGUAUGGGAGCGUUCCACGAUACAUCCAAGAAGAACACAUCCACCGAGUCCGUGAUGCAGCCUUUGAAGCCCUACCGAUCGGAACAAUUGGCGAGUUCUGGUUCCUUGUUCUUGGGCUCGCUGAGCACCCCAUGUACGAUCGUAUCGUCAAACGACUGACACUUGGUAAUGACACUCCCCGGCCAACUUUGAUCGAUCUGGGGACCUGCCUCGGUCAGGAUAUACGUAAGCUGAUAUAUGAUGGCGCGUCGCCUGAUCAGCUUCUGGGCGUGGACAAGUUCCCCCAAUUCUUAACUGUCGGUCACGAACUGUUUCAAGAUCAUGCGGUCACUAAAUCAUGCUUCGAAACUGCAGAUGUCUUUGGCGAAGAGGAAGCUGGUGUCCUUAACACGACCAGAGGCUCUUGGGAUAUCGUAACUUCCGCGCAGCUGUUGCAUGCUUUUGACUGGGCAAAGCAGAAGCACGUAGUGAAGCUCAUGCUGCAAUUAGCGCGUGGCAAGGGUAGCUGGAUAGCGGGCUUACUUACGGGUGGUCUACAAGGUCAUUCAGUUCCUGUUCCACCUCCACUGGUUCCCGUUGGCGUACAUGUGGAACGUUACAUUCACUCGGCAGAGACACUGCAACAGCUCUUUCAAGAAGCAUCCGAUGAAGCGGGGCUAUCUAUCAGCAUUGAUGUGCGAUAUCAAGAGGAUCCUAACAGCUUGUACACGACUGAAAUCACGAAGGGUUUCUUUACUUCUUCUGAGGCGAGACUUUUAUUCUAUUUUGUUGAGAUUCUUUGA